AUGAGACAGGGGGAAGAGACUUGUACAAUGAAUGUGCUGAGGACACAUGUUUACAGUGAUGGGAGAGAGGAAGAAUGGAGCUGCUCAGGAGGACCACUCAACACUAUGGUGCCUUUCCUGAGCAGACAUGCAGUAAAGGAAGCUAACGAAGGCCUCUGACAGACACCAAAAGGGCAAACUGGGCUGCAAUAGCUCCUGAGAAACAGAUAUUAAAUUAGUUAUCAUCACCUAAGCUUGUUUGUUUCUGACUUCAGUACAACACACUAUCCCUGUUUCCUAACAAACCCAGAAGAUUCAUCACAAGGACUUAGAGAAAACACUGUGUAGAACACCUCUCAGGGAUGACCAGUGCUCGCUGCUGAAGACUUCACCAGAAGAGUCUGUUUUUGGAGCCCAACCUUCCCACAGGAUGGCGUCCACUGUGUCUGCUGUCCCCCGUGGUGUCUUCGGCCCCUCGCCGCCCCCUACGGCUGUCUGGCCUCCUCUGGACUUCGCCCUAGGUGCUGUCGCCUGCUGCGCUGCCUGUGUGUUCACCAACCCUCUGGAGGUUGUGAAGACCCGCUUGCAGCUUCAGGGAGAGCUGCUUUCUCGGGGGUCCUACCAGAGACACUACAGAGGAGUCCUGCAGGCCCUUUGGGUGGUGGGCCGCACAGAUGGCCUGCGAGGCCUGCAGAAGGGACUCUCAGUGGGGCUGAUGUACCAGGGUGUGAUGAACGGAGUGAGGCUGGGCUCCUAUUCCUACUGUGAAGCUCUGGGACUCACCUCGUUCCACGGGGGGAGUCUACUGUCAGGGGCAGCAGCUGGGGCUCUGGGUGCAUUCAUCGCCUCUCCUGCCUACCUGGUGAAGACCCAUCUGCAGGCUCAGAGUGUGGAAGCCAUAGCUGUAGGCCACCAGCAUAACCAUCUGGGGGCGUCUCAUGCCUUUGCUACCAUCUAUAGAAGAGAAGGAGUGAUUGGCCUUUGGAGGGGUGUGAACGGGGCCGUGCCUCGAGUCAUGGUGGGAUCAGCUGCUCAACUGGCAACCUUCACCUCGGCAAAGAACUGGGUGGCACAUUCCCAGUGGUUUAGUCCGAACAGCUGGCUCACAGCGUUGUUAGCUGCCAUGGUUAGUGGGGUUGCAGUGGCAAUCACAAUGACACCAUUUGAUGUUAUAAGUACACGUCUUUACAACCAGCCAGUAGAUGAGUCUCAUAGGGGGCGUCUGUAUCAUGGAUUUUCCGACUGUAUGCUGAAGGUGUGCCAAGCUGAGGGCCUGCUGGGGUUAUAUAAAGGCAUGGGCCCGGUCUUCCUGCGCUUGGCCCCACACACCGUCCUUAGCAUGCUGUUCUGGGACAUGAUGAGACAACAGACAGUGAAGGACAACCAGAGCCAGUGAAGGAGCUGAACUACCCUAAACCACUGGUGUAUGACUGGCUGGACUGGACUCAGAGAUAUUGAAGUGGUCCAUCAAUUAAUGAAACACUGAAUUGAAAGCAAAAGUUGCAUUUGGGUUAAUGCUCAUAUUUGCUUAGACCUAAUAGAGUUGUAAGCUUAGCAAUAGGACUGGAAACAAGGAAGUUGUUAUCUUGACCUCCAAAAGGUUAAAUCUUAUGUGUUAAAAAGGUUCAUUCAUGUUUUUUUUUUUAAAUGACCGAGACUGUUUUUUGGCUAUAAUGCUAACAUCCUGGAGUCUCAGCUGGUUGCUUAUUGUGGCAGUCUACUCAAUAGGAAAUGGCAAAUUGUCAUUGUGACCUAUUUUGUACAGAUUAAACAAGAUAUGGCACGCAACACUGGGAAGUCCUUGAAGUGGAAUUUGAUACAACAGAAUCAGGCUAGGUACUUUUUGAUGUUUGCAGUCUUUAUGUUAGGCUGGCAGCUGCUGGCUCUAGCUUCAUAUUUACUUUACAAAAACAAGGGUGGUAUUUACUGUCUUCUCUGCCAAUCAAGUGGAUCAGCUUAUUUCUGUCUGAAGAGGGCCAGACUGAUGAGCGUUGAAGUGCUUGAGGAAGAUCAACACUUGCUGCAGAGACUACAAACAUUUUCAGGGGUUCCUAUGGAGUACUCAAACAUUUGAAGUUGUUAAUAAGCUAUCUGAUAUUGCCUUAGUACCUCAAACAUACAAGCCACGUCUCAGAAGGUCUCCUCACAGUAGAGCUGAUAUGAGAGACUGGCUUGCUUAUCAAUGGACUGCAGAUAACCUGAAAGAAUCAUCUCUGUAUAUCAUGCUGGGUCUGUUUGUCUGCUGAUAUUUGAUCAUUUUAAGUUAAAUGCAUUAUUCUACUUGCCUUAUCUGCUAGGUGUAAAACUAAGACUUCUGAUAAAAAUGCCUUUAAUAACUAACACAUAAACUACUGGUACCUUAAGCACAGAACACGAUUUAAUGUGAUGUUUUUAUGUACAGCACUUGAACAGAUCGAGCCUUUGAACAGCACUAAAUGAGAAUAUGAAAGACAUUUUUGUAUGACCUGUAAAUAAAUGUGUUUUUGAAUUGUA